UCACUAUUUCUCAGCUAUGUUCGAAAUGCCAAAUUUGUGACUGGGUCCUCCUUGGGCCAUAUUAAUUUUAUGAGACAAUGUGUCCUUGAAGUUUUUACUUUGGAUAUAAAAACCGCAUACACUUAUUCGUUCGUUUAUAUCCGACAGCUCGCUAUAACACUAAAGAAGGCAUAUACAACACAACGAAAGAUUGAUAUACAAUCAGUUAUUAACUGGCAAUUCAUUAACAGCCUUCAACUCUGGAGUGAAUUUGUUUCCAGAUUUUCCUCUGAAAGCGAUUUGGUUCAUUCAUUAGUUUAUCCGCUUGUUCAAAUUAUAGUUGCAGUUGUCAGACUUAAUCCUGGAGACCGCUGGUUGCCAUUACGCUUUCACUGCGUCACGAUGCUGAAUCAGCUUUCUAGUGGUUGUCGUCGCGAGCCGGAGAAAAAAAGUAAAAGUCUUAAGGCCCACGCUUCAAUUUCUUGCUUACAUCGUGACUAUUUCGUUCCUAGUCUUCCUCUUCUCUUGGACGUUUUUAAUCUCAACAUUAUUUAUAAGCGUUCUGCAACGUUGUCCAGGAAUCCUAUGGACUUGCGCCUUUUAUUACACUUCUCUCAAAGUCAACUUCGCGAAACAGCUGCCUUGGAUGCUAUAAUAGCAUGGUUGUUGGAUGGUCUUGUGAAGGCUCUCAAUAAUUUUUCCUCGAUUGCAUUUCCCGAAUUAUCAGCUCCAGUCGUUACAGAGUUGCGAAACUUCAUUAAGUCUUCACGUGUCCACGCCUUCACACGUCAGGUCAAGCCCUUGCUAGCGAAGCUGCUUGAACAAAUCGACUACGUAUAUAAAAAACGUCGUGUUAUACGUAAUAUGAAUGAAGAAAGUACUAUUCUAGCUUUAGAAAAGUCCAUGGCAAAUGAUCUCAAUGCGCCUUUUGUGGAGUUUUACAAUGAAUUUAGCAAGAGAAGAGUGGAACAGCUCAGUGAAUUGUCUAAAAUUUAUGCGCAAACGGUAAGUCAAUCAACUUGUUCUGUUGCGUUUUAA